UGAACCUUGUACUAGAUCUACUCGUCCACAGCACUUCACAGAGUUUGGCAAGAGUAGACUAGAUCUAUCUGUGCUGCUGUGUCUACUAUUCUGGCUAUCAAUUAAUCACACCAAGAAAAAUGAACCUGUGCUGGUUGUUGUGGUCUAGAUCUUUACUACUGUGGCUUGUAGUGCUCACUACAUUAACAUGGCCUUGUACAGAUUGUUUAGAGAUUACUGUUGACCCACUCUCUGGUACCGACAGUCUCUGCAUUUCUGGAACUAAUGAUUCAACUCACCCUUGUAAGACUCUCAAUCAUGCCCUCGGAAAUAGUAUGGACUGUAGGUGUAAGAAUGUUAUUCUGAAUCUCACAACAACUUUGGACAAUGUUGUCAUAAAGCUGGGUGAUGGAGUACACACAAUAGGUGAUUGCAUAGCAAUUAAUUUCCGUCAAAAUGUGACAAUCGAAGCUGAAAAUAGUGGGCAAGCAGUUAUUGAAUGCGGUCGUUUUCCGAGCAACAAACGUUACGAGACUGGUUUAUCAUCUUGUCACACUAAUGGUUUGACUUUCCGAGGUAUUGUGUUUCAGCAUUGUGGUCCAUACACACCAAAUGUAUUCCUCAACCGCACUACCAAUGUUCUCUUUGAGGAUUGUAUUUUCAGAAACAAUACUGGGGCACCAUUGCGAGUUGAGUUUGUACCAUCAAUCAGUCUUCGUAGUACAUCAUUUCUAAACAAUUUUAACCAAGCCCCUACAGAAACAGACACAGAGAACACGACAAUUUCCGAGCUUUUUGACAGUAUUACCACUGCUGGGGGUUUCACCUACUUCAGUCGAAAUGUGAGUGUUGACAUCGAGAUUUUUAACUGCACUUUCUCAAACAACUCAGCCGGACCUAAUGAUGUCAACAACACGAGACCAGUCCUGUUGAAAGCCAAUGGUCAUGGUGGUGGUUUGUUAAUACGAUUGGCUCAAAUCAAAGCGGCAACGAUUACGAUUGUUGAUUGCACUUUCUCUGAAAAUGAAGCAGAAGUUGAUGGAGGCGCAGUGUAUUUCUCACUUUCUGAAGGAUUCUCUUCGAGUCACAUUAUCCUAAGAAAUAACACUUUCAGAAACAACCAAGCAGGAGUGUCUUCUGGUGGAGCUGUAAGCUUGAAUCUUUUCCGGAACACAUUCAAUAAUUCUUUUGCUGUGGAAGACUGUUUGUUUGAAAGUAACCAUGCCAACGCUGGUGGUGGGUUCGGUAUUGCAUUGUAUGAUACAGGCAAUGAUAGCAUAACAUAUCCAGACUUGGCCUUGUUUGACAAUUGUAAGUUUACGUCAAAUCGAGCUAGCAAUGAAGGCACAGCUGUUGGUCUCUUUGCAUUAGUACAUGUGGAUGAGGUAGGAUUCCCUGUAGAUUUUACGAACUGUAUCUUUGAGAACAAUACAUCUACUAGUGAGCAUUCUAGUGCUCUAGUGGCGUUCAGAUUCCCCACGAAUUUCAACGGGCACAAUCAUUUUAUUGGCAACAAGGGAGGAGGUAUAACCCUAUUGAACACUAUUCUGAGAGCCAGUGGUACGAUUCUGUUUGAGAGUAAUACUGCCGUGUUUGGAGGGGGUUUGGCAAUGGACGAUCGGUGUCUGGUUGAGGUUCGACCCAAUGUCAAUCUGACCUUCAUCAACAACAUAGCUGAGGAAACUGGUGGAGCCAUUCACGUCAUAUUUCCUGCUAUACGGUAUACUACUGACAUCUUCAACAGGCUGUGCUUCCUUCAGUACAGAGAUCCGAUGGGAGGGGACCAACCACCUCACUUGUGGGAGAAUGUUACAGUGAGUUUCUAUAACAACUCGGCUCGUCUCAGUGGAGCUGCAAUUUACGCCUCGGAUAUGCAGCUGUGUUCCUGGUUAGGACCAGAGCUUACAAUGGGCCAAUCAAUUAUCUUUAACUAUCCGGACAAUUUGACUGUAACUCCACCAUUUCACUACAGUGGAAACAGAUUGACAGUUACCGGACAGGAAGAUGAGCGCUUGGCAACAGCUCCGCACAGAGUGCAUGUGAUUCCACAGUACAUGUUUGUUCAACCUGGAGAGACUGUGGUGAUGAACGUGUGGGCAACUGACCAGUUAGAUAACCGCAGAGAAGCUAUUUACUCUCUUGGUGGACCUCAUGGAGCAGAUAAAGUGGAUGGUCUCUCUACCAACAAUGAGAGUGUGCCGUAUCAAGUUCCUUCAGUGCCAUCUCUGACUGAAAGUGAUCACUCCUGUGACCCCUCAUAUCCUUUCAACGGCAGCUUUGCAUUGAGGUUCUCACUACCUGGAACAUCAGGUCUCGUGGAAUCAGUUGGCUUCAACUUCAGUGGUUGUCACCCUGGUUACAGCCUGGAUACUGACGUGUGCACGUGCAGAUGUGACACUUCUGAGCAAGAUGUCGAGCGUUGUGACAGUAGAGGGAGGUAUAUCUUCCUCAGAUCAAGUGUUUGGGCCAACGAAAGUGAGGAUGGAAAACUGAUCACUGCAAGAGUUCAGCCUAGCUUUGUGAACUGUGAAAGAGACGGUCAACUGCCAGGAUGUCGCUACCAGUUUGAUGACCCUAAUGCUCAGUGCACACAGGGAAGGGAAGGCAUCCUGUGUGGCCAAUGCGCUGAUGGCUAUGCUGUAACUCUGGAUCUAUUGACAUGCACACCAGCAAAUGACCAGUGUGCAAUGGGACUGGCUGUAUUUCUAAUACUCUACGUUGUGGUGAUCAUCAUAGCUUUGCUGGUGCUCAUCUUUGACACUGAGCUGCCCAAUGAAUUGAAGGGUUUUGUGUUCUACGCACAGGUGAUUGGUUUGGUGUAUCGGCCAUUUGUUGUACUCCAGUCUCAGUCAGACAGCUCCAUAGACCCUUUAGGUGUGUUCCUGAACUUACUUGGUUUCAGUCUUCCCUUCCCCGUGUGUGUGUCACCUUCUCUCAAAGCUCACCAUGUAGCACUGCUCGGCUACAUUACUCCAGUUAUCGGAGUGUUGAUGGUCUUGGGUUAUAUUAUCGGUGCUCGCCGUAUCAAGCUAUUGAGCAAUCACUCCGCACUGAAAGGCAUCACCUUCCUAUCCAUUUUUGUCUACAAAUACAUUGCAGACACAAGUUUCGUUCUAAUCAGCUGCAGUACUUACGAGGAAUAUGGAUUUGUGUUCCAGUAUGAUGGUUCUCAGCUAUGCACAGGCAUUGAGUUUGGCUUCUUUGUACUGUUUGGUCUGAUUGUGGUGGUAGUGUUUGUGUUUCCUGCUCCAUUUGCUGUGGGGUACAUUUGCAAAACUAGACCAAAGAGAUUUUAUCAGUAUGCUGAUGUGCUAACGGAGGGACUGAAGAAUAACAGAAGAUGGUUUGGUGGCUACGAUUUAGCGAGGAGGCUGCCAUUUGUUAUUAUUGGGUACUUUACUGUUCAAGCUAGGCCCUCACUAGUGCUCCUACUAAUGUCACUGUUUGCGAUGGCAGUGCUUCUCGUACACUUGCUGUCAAAACCCUACGAGAAUAACACUAUCAACAUGAUUGAGGCUCUGAUCUUAACUGAUUUGGUGGCUGUCACAGUGGUGUUCCUGGACCCUGUUGACCACCCUGUACCACAGUGGCUUAGGAUUGUCUUGCUCCUGCUACCCUAUCUUUAUGCAACACUCUACAUAACAAGGAUCAUCGCUAUGUACAUAUGGAAAAAUUAUCUUUCGAAACGUAUGUGGGCAAAAACGCUCACAGAGCGUGCUCGAGACUUACAGGGUCCCAAACACAAGCCGUCAGACAUCGUACUAGACGAUAGAGAGGGGGCAGAGACGAAGACAAACGGAGGAAACACAGAGAGAAGUACGGGUUUGAACACUGGGAGAAAGACCAGCGAUACGGAGCAGGUUAAGAAACGAGAUGGUUUUGAGGAUUCUUGUAGACAUUUGAGAGAACCACUACUAGAUUCAUGAGGUGUGUGUUUUUAUAAGUGGUGGUUAAUUACGUACUUUAUUUAUGGUUUCUGUGUUUCUUGUACGAUGCUAAUUAAUGUUUAAUGCUUUCUCAACUCACUGUUUAUC